AGAAGACGAGCAUAGCGAACCGCCAUCCACGAUAAACACGUGCCGGAAACCAAGCCAAGCCAGGUCGUUUCUCUUCUCCCCGCCGUUAACUUGCCCCGCAGCUUCGGUUGACCGUAUUUGGACAUUUGACGGGCUGCCAAUUUCCCUUUUUGGUACCCGACCUCUUCUCCGUCAUCGCUUACUUCUGCCACCCACUUUCCUCCCAUCUGCAGCCAUGGCCACGCUCCCAUCCACAUCUCGCUCUCUAUAUAAACACCACACUUGCCCACUCACUACCACAUCUCCCCCACCAAAUCCCUAAAAAUCCUCUCUUGCGUUCCCAAUUGAAACUUUAAUGGCCAUAGAAGCUCCGCAGACCGCGCCGGCCGGCCAUACGAUCUCCGACGAGUCCCGUUUCCCCAUGGAAGGCUGGAUUAAGCGAAAGCGCUCGAAUCGCCAAUCCCGAGUAUUGGAUCGUUCUCAAUCCGAAGAGGAAUACCUCGCCCUCUGCCUCCUCACGCUCGCCCGUGACAGAUCCUACACGUUUUCUCAGAUCCCGUCCCCAAAUCUCGAUUACAAAUGUUCCGUCUGCGGCAAGGCGUUUUCGUCUUACCAAGCCCUCGGCGGCCACAAGACCAGCCACCGGAAACCUGUCCCUGUUCAUUCCGGCGACAACCACCUCUUCGCCGGAUCACCGGCGGUUUCGUCGUUGUCAUCCGAUGGAGAUCACAAGGGGCAUCAGUGUCUGAUCUGCCUCAAGACAUUCGCAACAGGGCAGGCGUUGGGCGGGCACAAACGGUGCCACUACGACGGCACCAUAGGAAGCGCUGCCGGCGCGGGAUCGGCAGCGGCCGCGUCGUCAGAGACGGGCAGCGCUGGAACGCGUGGAUUUGAUUUGAAUCUGCCGCCGGUGAUGGAGUUCGGAUUCGAGAUUGGAAGGCGAUAUUGGGGUCUGGAGGAGGAGGAGGAGGAGGUGCAAAGCCCUCUUCCGUCUAAGAGGCCGCGCCUUCCCAUCACGGCUGAGGUCUCUCCUGCUCCGCUGAUAGGCUUUGUUUAGAAAUCAUUCUUACAGAGCUAUUUUCGUGUAAAGUAAUAUGUGGAAUUACUUAGAAUUCUUUGUAAAAGUAUUCAUUGACUAGUCAUUUAGUUAUUCUUUUA